AUGAAUAAUUUCUCUGCUCAUGAACUGGCAGUUGAAAAUAUCAAUAAGAGCCUUUAUUCUCUAUGGAAUACACUGAUUAUUUGGCUUCCACCAAAUGUAAUGAGCAAAUAUCAGCCACUAGAUCAAGGGAUUAUAUAUUCUUGGAAGCGCCACUGGAAAUGGCAGUGGAUUAUCUAUAUGCUUGAAGAAUACAAGUCAAACUGUGAUUCUCUUACUACAAUGAACAUUUUGAAGGCCUUAUGCUGGAGAAUACAGGCUUGGAAUAUUAAUAUAGUGUCUGUUACUAUUCAACAUUGCUUUCAGAGAGUCUUGUUCAAGAAGACAGAUGUUCUGUCUGAAGAUCUUUCAAUUAUACAGAUCUCCAAUGAUUUUCAAUGGCUUCGCAUGAUCUCUGGUAUUCAAAACCUAAUGAAAAUUGAAAACUUUCUCAAUCCUGCACAGGAAGUAGUGGAGGACUCUUCUGAAGACCUAGAGCGCCAUAUAAUUGAGCAGCUGGAGCUAGAGGAGCUUGAGGAUGAGGAAGAGAAAGAGAAAGAGACUAUAAAUUUGGAAGCUGAUCUGCAAAUCAGCACCACUGAGGCCCUUGACAUGGUGAAAAGGCUUCGCUUGUAUGAAGAGUGGCAGGAUAAGGGAGAUACAGAGCUAAUUCAACAGUUAAAUCAUUAUGAGAGAAGAUUAGGGGCUCGGAGGCUUGAAAAUCAGCAGCACCAGGAUAUUAGAGCGUAUUUUGUAUGCUAG